AUGCUUGGAGGAGACCUCGCUAUAAUAAAAUCAGCUGCUGAGAAUAACUUCAUAUUCAGCUUGCUCAAGAAACAGAAAACCAUCACCGAUUGGGGUGUGUGGCUUGGUUUGGUCCGCAAGGCAGACAAAAAGUUUUACUGGAUUGAUGACACUCCACUGGCGAAAGGUUACAGGGCUUGGGGAAGCGGCGAACCAAACAAUGCUCGUGGGAUUGAAAAGUGUGGAAACAUGUAUGGGUUGGGAGUAGGCAAGUGGAACGACUUACCUUGCGAUAUCGACCCGGCAAAGCAUUGGAAGUACGCUCCAGUUAUCCUUUGCAAGAAAAAGCAAAUUAGGUGACUUGCGUCCCAAAAGUCAAAUAGAGUAAAUACAAGUAAUAAGUAAUACAACAUUUUAAAAAUCAAAACUAUCGAUUUUGGGCAAGGAAGGAGUGCACACUUCUUAUAGUGAGAAUUGUUCGUCAAGUGAAGCUGAGUUAAGAGAUUGAAAAUAGAUUAAUUAAAAUCAAAAAUAAAAUGGCGGUUACAUUUAAAAAAUGCUGUCCUUUCGUUUAUGAUCUUUAUUUCCCGGCUACUUUAACCAAUAGAUCGUACGUCUUUCAGUUGAAAGUAGAUAGUUAUUUCUAGACAUAGAAGAAUAAUAGGGAUCUCAGGCUAGCGGCACUACGAAAACAUGAUUAAUAACACGAGUUGCCAACUACAAUAAGCGCCCAGAAAAUAAGAAAUAUCUAAUAAAAUAAACGAAAAAAAAAGAUUGCUGAUUUUAACUCAAAAAUGUUUUGUGAUGGUUUGACCACCAGCCACAAAUCAAACUUGAGAAAAGUGUACGUAAUGUAUAGGCCUAGUGUCCUACUGUUGUUGUGGAUGUUACUAAAACGGGGAACGGGGAGCGGGGAGCGGGGAACGGGGAACGGAAGUCUGGGAACGAGUUGUCAGCGGAAACCUCCAUAAAAAUCCAAUAUGGCCGAUGAUCGAUGAUAGAGAACCGUCUAAACAAACUUAACUGAUAACGGCGUUAUUUUACUUGAACUAUAUGCUCAUGAGGUGCUUGAAAUAAUACGGAGGUAAUAACUUCAUGACGUUUUUCACCUUUUUGCGUUUUACUAAACAAUUAUCCGUAGGAAACAAAAUAUGCUCCAACAGCAGUUGAAAGAAGCCAAUCGGGAAAAAAGUCUCAAAGCACAUGUACAGCCAUAUUUGGAACUCAAGCGAAUCUAUACUGAGUCUAACCCACAAAGCAAUGAACUACUUUUCCAUGAUAGGUAACAUACAUCGAAGUAGUCAAGUAGCUUGUGUGCAGACUUCUUCUAUUUCCUUUGAUAGAGAUGACUGCUUUGAAAAAUGUUAUUGACCACGUCAUCACAUAAUUAGUAAGACUACUUUAACAAUCUGGUUCUGCUUUUAAUAUUAUUAGAUCCACUACACUGCAAGCAUUCACGAUAUUGAAGUGUUUCACUGAUCUAUGAAAAUAAAAUAAUAUUAUUUUAUUGUUUUGUGAAACAAUUUGUUUCAGGUCAGUUUGCCCAGUAUAGACCAGUAUAAUGACCCUAAUAGAACCUAAUUCACUCAUUUUCCUCACCCUAAUCAGUGACUGCUUCAAAGUCGUACAGUGGCCAUUUGUCUUUCUGCGAAAUACCCCUGACGACCCUUUCCUGAAUCAAAACCAUGAUUGGAUUGCAUUGAAUGCAACAUUCUCACUCACUGCAGAUCCUCAAUUAACCCCCCGCCCCCCCUAAGAAUGAGAUCCCAAACCCCUCCCUUUUGAAGAAAAAUGUUGUAAAAUAAUCAAAGUACCUCUUCAUGGGCUCGAAACGUUUGGUGCAAUGUACCAUACAAUAUCGCUGUAUCAUACUAUAAUGGCCCAAACAGAGCCUGAAGCCUUUUUCAGGCUUCAGGUACAUGAAAGGGAAGGGGUUUUUAUAGUUGAAGUAUAUGAAAGGGACCAAAAUGAGAUCAGUCACAGAUGCAGUUUAUGGAUGUGAGAGACAAGAAAACCUGUUUUAGCUAUUUAUUCAUAUUGUAAAGAUGAUGUAUUUACAGCAGUUAAAAAGGGAUGCAGCAUUCAAAAUUAGGUUUGUGAAAGGGGUACCAUUUGUCACUAGAGGGUAUACAAAAGGGGUACCUUUUCUGUCUAAAAUGGUACAUACAAAGGGUAAAGGGUUGGUCCCUGGGGCAGAGCCUCUUUGGUGAGUACCCCCCCCCUCCCCUCUGGGUUACUGUUACUCUAGUCUGAUUCUUCUUUUUAAUUUCUUUGAUACUGUGCUUCAUUAAAUGAAUUAAAAUUCAUUUAAAAGCUUCUUGCCCCUUUUUUGAAAACCCCGAUAUGUUAAAAGAAAUUAUGUCCCCUGGAGGGGAAAUAAAAUCAGGGAAAAUGGGUAGCAAGAUCUAUUGUGUUAUUUUACAUGCACUGAGUAUGCGUAAUGUGGCCAGUAUACACAUACAGUUGCGCGUGUUUACUGAAAAACAUAUCAGCACUCCAAUCUUUGCUUCCCAUCACUUGU